GGCAGUCGGUGCGGAGUACUUCUUUCAAAAACUGCACGUAUCUACCGAGCUGAUUAAAAAAGUUUAUACUCUAUUUAUUUUUAUUAACUGUAAACUGUAUAAUUACUUAUUAUCUCUGUUUAAUUUUCAAUUGAUUUUUCUCAUCUCUUCUCUCUCUCUCUUCUCUCUCUUUUCUCUUCUCUUUUCUUCUCUUUCUUUCUUUCUGCUUUUCUCAAAACAAUUCAAUUUCAACAACAACAAUUUCAAGAAAAUAAUAAGAAAACAAGUUAGAUCAUUUUUUUUAAAAAAAAAAAACAAAUCCCCUUUCCCACAUAAACUCUAUAUAGAAAAAAGGAGGAGGAGAGGAAACUUUUAUCAAAGAAAGAUAAGAUUCUUCAUGAAAAGGUAAACAUCAUUAAACUUUUUAUAAGCUACUUAAUACAGAAAUCUUUUAAUAAACAUCUAUUCUUCAAAAGCGUUAGAGGAUUUAGUUAAAUCGUUGAAUUAAAGGUCAUACAUAUUAAUAAGCGAAUAAUUUAAUAUUUCGUCCACUCGGAAUGAAAUACCAUAGAUAGUAAUAAUAUAACUAAAAAAAUGCUAACAGAUUAUGCAAAUUAAUGUAAAUUAGUAGAGAAUUAAUAAAAUUAUGUGUGUUGUGUGUGUUUAUCAAAACAUGUGUAGCUCUUUCAUUUUCAAUGAAAUUGAGUUGGGUUUGUACUAUUGAGUAAUUCAUUGUUUACUCGUGUCACUCUUCAUUGAUUUCAUAUGAUUAUUCUAUCGAUUACGAAUAAAAAGUUUUUUUCCAACAAACAUCCCGCUUUUAAACGAAAUCUAUAUUGCUGUUGGGCAGUGGAAUUCAACGAAUUGAAAAAAUUCAAUAAUAUCGCUGUCAACUGCAAAAGAAUCUGCAAAAAAAAAAAAUAGUGGACAACUUUUUUAAGAGAAACGAUUGAGAUUUCUGCAUCGUAAUGCGGGUGGAAUUAAAUUUUAAAGAAUAUAUAAAUUAUAUAGGAUGAGUUCUACAAAAGUCAAAUUUAAGUUACCUAAAUCAAACAACAACUCUCUUCAAGAUAUUGACAAACUUAUAGAAGGUAAAAUAGAACAAGAGACAAAUGGUUACCAUAACAACGAUUCAAGACAAGUGAAACCUUAUACUCUGCACAUAAAUCCGGGAUUAGGCAGUCAUCUUUCCGAAAAGUCAUGGACAACUCUUACGCAGGCUAAAUUAGUUUACGAUGGACUUUUAGCCGAUCGCUGCUAUCGGCUUGAUCAAAAACUGCUUGGGAAAAAAGCCUAUUUCGACGAAAAAAUCAACAAAUUACUAAAAAAAGAUUCACAGAAGAAUGAGGUGAGCGCUAUGGAAACUGCGGUCAAAGGUCAAUAUCAAUUGCAUCUUUUACAAGAGACGAUUAUCAAGGAAUUAACAGAUAUGAUGAAAGAUUAUCAGAAUAAACUGGAUUUAUUGACAGUUAGCCUUUUACAAACAGAAAAACAUCGAAAAGACUCAAAAGAAUAAACUUGAGAGAAAUCCUUUGCCUCCCCUACUCUUCCCACUAUAUAUACUGUAUACAUCCCUUCACCUUACCCCCGUUACAAACACUUAAAAGUUACAACUAAAAAAAUAACACUUGUAUUUACUCUAAAUUGAAUUUUUACGAUUCGCAUUUAAGUGAGAAAUUUUCGGAACGAACUUUAUUAGAAAACUCGUUUCUAUCGCAUUGUAUGAUUUUUGUUCUAUUUCAUUUGUUGUUAUUUAAGAAGAGGAAGAAAAGAAGAGAGGAGAGAAGAGAAGAAAACAAAAACAGGAAAAACAACCGAGUUACUACAGCUAUUCUUAUUAAUAAAUUAACGCCAUAAAACACUGUUUCUAAUAGAGAUUUUGGUGGAAGCAGUGGCGGUGGCGGCGGUGGUAGUAGUAGUAGCAGUAGUUUUAAUUUUCAAUAGUCUUAUAGUCUUUUAAUCCUUUAAUCCAUGAGUCAAUCCUUGGUGUAAUUUAGUACAAUUAUUAUCUCGGUUUUCGUUCUCUAAUUUAAUGUAUGCAAUUGUUCUCUGGACAAUAAACGAAAAAUUUUUCUUUCUAUAAUGAAAUAUACAUAAAAACAAACAAAACAGACAAACAUACUCAUAUUCAUUCAAUUAAAUUGUAAAUUGUCUCCAUCUUUUAUACUUUAA